CAGGCCCUAGUUCAUUUACACAUACUGGAUAUCCUCGGGGCGUUGAUGAUAAAACCACGGGUUGUUCGAACCAACCAGGUCAUUCUCGUGACGAUGACAAUAAUGAUGACCAAACCAACACGCACAAUGGUGACUCAGGCGACAAAGACAAAGAGGUACAUGAGAAGCAAAUGUUCAAGCUUUUCAGGGCGUGGUAUAGCGAGCAUAUUGAAGAGCUAAGAUUAAUCACCGACCAUAUUGAGGUUGAAAGUCUUGCAUAUAUGAAUCGAGGUAGCACCCGGCAAUCCAACGUUGAGCCACGAAUGUGGUCCCUUUCUAUGCCGCCUACAACAACUAGAUCAGAUAGACAACCCAUCCACUUACCCUCGAACAAUAUAGAAUUAUCUUUGGGGUUUGUCUUUCUUUCGAAAGAAGAGUUGAUUUGUGCCAUUCAACUGUAUCACUUGCAACAAAAAGUUGAGUGUCGAACACCCAAAUCCUGCACUUCUAGGUUAAAAUCUGUUUGUCGGUAUGAAGGGUGUUCUUACAAGUUAUGUGCAAGGGCAAACCGAGAUGUAUGGAGAAUCACUACUUUGAAACUCGAGCAUACAUGCGAAGGGAGUUUGACGCACAAUCGACACCGUUCGGCUAAUUCCAAGGUUCUCGCUCAUAUUUACGCAUCAACUAUUCAGAUAAAUCCCCAAACGGUAUCUACACGGAGAAUUAUUGAACAAAUGCCGGAGGAGCAUGGUUUGUCGAUCAGCUACAAUGUGUCCCUCCGAGCAAGACACCGUGCUUUCGAAAAGGUUUAUGGAGGUCAUGAAGAAUCAUGGGGGCGGCUUCCCGGUUACUUGCACAUGUUGCAGGUUCGUAAUCCAGGUACAAUUGUCGAACUGCAACGAGAUGGCGAG